CCUCUCAAGUAAAGGAUGCUUCUUCUGGUCCAAGUAACCGUCAAUCAAUUAGCAUUCCCAGUUGACUGGUUUUCUCCCCUGCGCGAGUUUCCGCUUUUGGUGAAUGUUGCAUUCCAAGCUGAGCGCAUCAAUUCCUUCAACGGCCUCUGAGCUGUAGCGUUUGCGGUUUUUCAGUAGAAAAGUAGUAGGAAAACGGAAAUAAACUCUUUCAUACAGGGAGGAACACUGAGUUGUGGAUCGAAGGUUCUUGGAGUAAUUCGACUGCCACUGUAAAAUCGGGGACAGGAGUGUUAACAACUGCUGAAGAUUUAAUUUCUAUCAGAGCUACUACUAUUAUUUUUCACCUUUCACAAGGGUUUUUCUAAAGGAAUAAUGAUGAACAUUUGGAUGCUCCUGUCUCUUGCGUUGGCGACCUGUUUGAUGAGUGAACCGAUGUUCACCUCAGCACAGUCGGAUGACCUGUAUCUGGAAGACCAGUCAGGAGAUUACUACGAUGAUGACGACGACUACCACUCUGGGUCAGGGUCCGGUGACAUGACUUUCACUGAAGGCAGUGAGGAAUUGGUGAAAAGGAUGUUUGUCAUUCCUGGUGGAGAGCCAACUCAGGACCUUUCAAACAACGUGGAGGAGACAUUUACAUUCACUGACCUCACAGAAACAUUCACUGACCUCACAGAAACAACACAGUUGGAGGUCCCUGAAAAUUCUCUGGAUGCGAGUGAGGAGACGGUCAGCAGCAGCGAGCUUCCUCCCAGCCCCACCAGUUUGGACACGACUGUGUUUGAUGAGGACUUUCCCUACGAGGUCCAAUCGGAAAACCUCUUCCAGAGGAAGGAGGUGCUAGCAGCGGUGAUAGCUGGUGGGGUUAUAGGGUUCCUGUUUGCCAUCUUUCUAAUCCUCCUGCUGGUCUAUCGCAUGAGGAAGAAGGACGAGGGGAGCUACGACCUUGGGGAGCGCAAAGUCCCCAGCACAGCCUAUCAGAAAGCCCCCACCAAGGAGUUCUAUGCCUGAACCAAGACCAACAUCACUAUGAAGAGAAACUUCAGAAGCAACAUAAAGACAAAGGCUAUGAACAAAUUUUACCCUAUUCCCUCUAUAGUGCACUACUCAGGCAAUAGGGUGCCAUUUGGGACCCAUGAAAAACAUCUCAUACGGCGAUGUCCUCCUCGCAUGCUGUUAGUUGAAUGGUACUGGAUGGGGAAAGGUUACAUGGAUCUUUUUCAUAUAGCAAAUAUAUUAUUUGUUUCCUUUACAAGGCCAACAGGGCUUUGUAGAAAAUUUCAGUUUUAUUGUAAACAGUUUCGGAGAAUUACAAAAACUUUUUUAUGUGAGUAAGUGAACCAUAUUCCAGACAUUUCUUGUGACUACUUUUUAACUGUAGAGGUACGAAUUUUGCAAGGAAGGAUGCAAAAAAAAAUAGAUGAUGGAAUAUAAUUGUCCUUCAUGAAAUUUAUUUUUUUCAUUCCAUGUCCAAAGCUGUAAGCUUUUUAUUAAAGGGGAAAAUCAUACAUUUUUACAUAUGGCCUUAUUUUCGCUCUGUGCUUCUGUUAUCCACCACAAAACAUGUGUUACAGCCUGGCCUCAGUAAUGGAUAACAAUUCUUUAUGAAAAUGUGGCUAAGCAUGUUAUAAUGCUCAAAAACAACUCUCAUAACAUCAGAAUUUUAUUUUAGUGAAUGUAUCUGUAAAAAAAAUCAUAAAAAUGUUGACAUCCAUAUUUGAAUGAUAUACAUGAAAAAAAUGCUAUUAUGGAUUCAUGGGACAGCAGAUUCCCACCCAUCCAACAAAGACAAAAGUCUAUGAUGAUUUGGAUGUAUUUUAAUUUUGUUUGACUGUUUUAUGUAUUUCAUAGUGCAUUGUAGUCAAAGGCAUGUUAUGACAUGGCAAAACAUGCAAACAACCUUUCUGUAAGAAACAAAUAUGAACAUUUGGUGGAGGUAAUAAAGCACAGAAAAUAAAGUAAGGUGAGAUUUAAACAUGUGACUUUCACCUUAAACUUAAGUUUCUAUGUUGAGAUUAUUUAGUGUUUCUGAUUUCAUAGCCAUCUUGUCUCCAUUUUAACUUGGAUGUAAACAACAAAAUUGGUUCUAAUGUUUUUUUUGUCAUUGGGUGAAACUAUUAUUACACUAUUCUCUUACUACCCAAAGACAACUGACCAAAGUGAAGCGCAUUCCUUUCUAGUAAAUAAUUACUGUGAUUUAUUGCUAAUUAAAAGGGUACUCUUGGAGGAGUACACUGUAUGUAUUUUAUGUUCUUGUUUCUGUUAUUUAAAAAAAAAACAGUGGAAAAAUGUACCCAUACUUAGUUACUUGGGGCUACAGUGUAGCCUAUUGGCUUAAAGUGUUGGGGCAGUAAUUUGAAGGUUGCUGGUUCAAAUCCCUAGCUAAUAAGGUGAAAAGCCCUGUAGUUCUAUCCUUGACGAAGGCCAAUAAAUUAGAUUAUGUUCUUAGCAUGCUUGGUAAAAUAAUGGUACAUUUUGUUUUUAGUAACACUGUGGUAUGUAAGACAUGGGGGUGUAUCAAUUCAUUAAUAUAGCGGGUACAACUCUGUAAAACUACUUUUAUGGCCAAUUCACGACAUGAAUUGUCAUGAUGUUUGUGUAAACCUCCAGGUUUCGACUCGUUUGGGGAAUGAAUGCCAUGGAACACAAUCACAUCUGCUCUGAACAACCCAUUCAACUUCAGUAUUAGUGAUGCAUUAUACACAGAUGGGGAAUGGGACUCUGGACAAAUCUAAUGCUGUACAUCAGUUUGAAGUAGCUGGCUAUCUAGGAGAUUCUCAAAAGCUGAGUGUGCAUCCCUACUCCCUACUAAGUGCACAAUUUUUUAAAAUUUUUCACCAGAAUCUAUGGUGAACAGUAGUGCAGAAAAUCUAGUUGACUAAAUAGGGAACCCAGUGCCAUUGGAACGCGGACACGCUGGACAGGAUAGAGUAUACUUCAAUAUUGCCCUGUUCCCGUUCUAGCAUUUGUAAGGACUUAUUUACGUCUACCAGGAGGGAGAGCGCUUCUGUAUGAUCAUAGGGUGGGUGUGUUUUUCUCAUGGUAUGUACGUAAUGAGUAGAGUAAGUCGUCCAUAGAACUUGGAGCAGUAUUUCUGUCAUUAUGACUUGUAUAACAAUGUCUCCCCGUUACUUGUGUUGCCUUUAGCCCUGACUAUUGAGUCAACAGUAUCUGCAUAAUUUAAUAUAAUGUAUGUAUUAAUUUAUAUAUAGAACAUAUUAGAAAUAAUAAGUUAGGUCAAGUUUCUUAAAUAUGUAUAUUCACAAAUGUUUUAAAGCCUUUGAAGUGCCUACCAUUCUGAAAUACUUUUUUUUUUUUUUUUUUUACUGUUCAAGACGCAUGAUGUCCUUACAGUGGCAUUAAGAAAGAGUUGGAAUGAUCACAAGCACAGGAGAGGAAUGGCAAGUAGUGUUACAAAAACAGUAUUGUAUCUUAUAAUAGGAGACAAUACUAAAUAAACAUUGUGGAUUAAUAUUACUUGCUUUUUCUUUGGGUCAAUGUAUUUGUAACAUUCUCAGCCGUGUGUUCUCUGAAAUGUGGUAAAACAAUCAUACAUAGAAUCUGAAUCACUAUGAAUCACUAAGAAGGUUUACACACCCAGGAUUGUACUAGGUAUAAUGAUGCUACUGGUAGGCAAAAUAUAGGGACAGAAUAUGCCAAGUUCACAAUUAAAUUUUUUCCAUAUACAUUGCAUAGACAUAAGUCAAAGGAAUUGUAAAAUGUGCUGUACAAAUAAAAUAAAAUGUAAAAUAUA